AUGAGGCCCAAGAAACACGGCAAGCCAAGGACUCGGCUCUAUGGACUACUCUGUGUACCGUUAAUUCUUUAUGCAUGGACAGCAGCACAGGCGCAGGCGCAGGCGCAGACAGCCUCGGCACUAGCGGAUCAAGAUCCAAAUGAUGUGGCUAAAAUAACUGUGAUUAGUACGCCCUAUACGCUAAGCUUUAGUGUCAGCGCUGAAGAUAAGGAGAAAUAUAUUAUCGAGAAUAUAACAUGUCCUGCAGGUAGCGCAGCGAGUGUAGCUGGAGGACAAUUCGUCUGUGAGAAUCUAGAGCCAUGCACGAGCUAUACGACUGUAGUAAGUUUGAAAGGCACGACGGAGGGUGCUACGGUAGUUCAACAAAACGUUAUUGCCUAUACGGAAUAUAAAGAGCCGAAGACGACUUUGACAUCCAUUGAAGCUACAGAAACGACGAUACAACUGACCUGGGAGACCACCGAUCGGGCCUGUGUGAAACAUUUUGAGAUCCAAGCAAAUGCUCCAGACAGCACAAAUAGCCACCAACAGUUUAAGGAUGAGAGCAGCGAUACAUUCGUCGUCCUGCCAUGUCGGACGUACAAUGUGACACUUGAGACGAAGAAUAAUGCGAGCGUGACCGUUGGCAGCGAUAUGAGAUUCGUGGACACCGGCUAUCUGGAGCCAGGCGAACUGCAGCUGAUUAUCGUCAAUGGCUCCAAUGCGGAUACGGUAGUGGCUUGGUCAGAUCCAAUUAAUAAGAGUUGUAUAGGCAGCUAUACUAUUGUUUGGCGACGCGAUGGUUGCGUCUCGGAAGAGGAUCAGGAGACAACAACAGCGACAACAGAGCAGGAGGAUGACACGACGACAGCAAUCACAGAUGAUUGGACGGGCCUAACGACUGUGUUCCCCGAUUCGGUGACACAAAGCGGGACUAGAGCAAUUGAGUGCGAGUGGAGCUAUUACUCGAACGACUCCACAAUGAAGCAGUAUACCAUAUCAGACCUGCAGGGCUGUGCACUGCACACCAUCGAGGUAUACAUAAAUGCAGAGCGCAAUACAACGGCCAAGGCCACGAAGACCUUUGUAUCUGGCGAGAAGUUGCCGGGUGCUAUAUCGGAACCUCUAGAAAUCAUCAAUUCCACCGAGCUGCAUUGGUCAUGGUCACCGCCCACAGAUAACGCCCAGUGCGUUGCCAAUUAUCAUGUGAAUCUAACUGGACCCACCCAGCGUUCGGAAUAUGCCAGCGACGAGCAGUUGACUAGUGAAACUUUUGUUACUUUCCAGAAUCUGGAACCCUGUGGCAUCUACAAUGUGGAAAUUGUACCAAUAUCAGCGAAUGGAUCCAGAGGCACCGGGUUUCAGAGUCAAAGCACGCUGAGCGAGGAUCAGCCCACACAGAUUCUAGAGCCAUCGAAGAACACAGGCCCCUAUUUUAUCGAGCUAGAGUGGCUAACGCCGAGUUACGCCGAUCUGUGCAUCGAUGGCUAUCGUAUCUCGGGUUGGAUGGACGAUGACAUAGAGGUUGUAGCACUGAGUCUUAGCACACAAAAUAAUUCUGUCAGAUUUGAUAAGGGUCUGGGCGCCUGCCAGGGCUAUACCAUACAAAUAAUACCCUAUACAAAGGAGAAACUGGAUGGAGAGCUGCGACGAAUCGAAGCCGAAACUAAAGCAGCAAUUGUUAACUACGAGAAGAUCAAAUUCGAGCUGGUGGGCAAUGGCGCCACGCCUCACAGUCUGGAGCUGAAUGCUAACAAUCAGGACUACAACAAUCAUUGCCAGACGAUCUUCGCGCAUUUCAGCUGCCAGACCAGCGCCGACGUGCCCAACACCUAUGCGGAGAAGUAUGUGGAAAGCUAUCGUGAUCGCGGGUUUCAGGCGGUAGUCGAACCACUCUCGCCCUACACCAAGUACACCUGCAGCGUAGUGCUCUACAAUGUGGCUGGGCCAUCGGGGAAAAAGAUCGUAACGGGUCAACAGCUGGAAACUCUAACGUUCUUUCCAGAACAGCCCCAAAAUGUUCGGUAUCAUGAUAGCACCAAGACGAGUUUGACUUUUGUCUGGGAGCAACCGAAACAUCCAAAUGGACCAAUCAAAUACUAUCAUGCAUUUCUAAUGCGCUACGAGCCGGAUUACUUUGUGCCCAGCACAUGUAAUGCAGUGAACGAGGUGAUCAAACCCGAAACCAAAGGUGACAUGAUGAGCACCUUCAACGAUCUAUCACCCGCUGUCAAGUACAUUAUGCAGGUGGCUGCUUUGAAUGAUUUCGGCUUGAGUCAAUACACGGCUCCUGUGAUCGGCAUUACGCAACCAGAUGUAUCGGAUCCAGUCACCGAUUUAAAUGUGACCUCAGACGGUCCCGCUCUAGAUCCUAAUAGCUACAGCGCCAAUGUCACAAUAUCCUGGACUAUACCCUGCAAAUCGAAUGGCCAAAUCCAGGAGUUUGUCUUGCACAUUACGGGCGUACGAGCGGAACGGCGGAUCAGUUAUCAGGAGGGUGUCCCACCCGAUAAUCACGACAGGGAGGGACGCAUGACACACAGCAUAACCAAUCUACUGCCGGAAGUUGAAUAUACAGUCAGGGUAGCCGUCAAGACGAAGAAUGUGGACACAUUGAGCGCAAGUGAAUCAAAGGUUUGGGAGUCACCAGCGGGCUUACCUUCUGGCCUGGACGACGAUAUAGUGGGUAAAAUGCGUGUCAGCGCCUAUGAUACUAAUCAUCCAACCAGCUCGGCGAUUGUAAAUUUGCCCCGCGACAUUUUAAACUCUGAGUCAGGAAAAAUAAAAUAUGUGGCAUUGUUGCUAUCCCAAAAGCAUUGUACCGACAAGCCGAAAUUGACCUAUAAUGUUUCCAAAUCCUGGCCACCCGUGGCAUCCUGGGAUGAGGUGGGCGGCGAUUGCAUUCAGCAGUACCAAACAACGCCCGAGCGCUGGAAUCCUAAUGAUGACAUUCAAAAUAUGCGCGCCGACAAAAGUGAGGACAUUACGUUUAUCAUAGGCACCGACAAAUGUCCGGAUCAGACUAAACGCUACUGCAAUGGUCCACUAAAGCCGAAUACGGAAUACCAUAUGGUAGUGCGACUUUUUACCAGCUCCGGCUAUAAUGAUGCGGCGCUACUGGAGUUCAAGACGGAGGCGGCGAUUAAGGUGACGCUCAUCCUGGUCAGCGUUUGCAGCUGUCUGCUGCUGGCCUUCAUACUGGGCCUGCUCGUGCUCUAUGUGCGCAAGCGUAUAGCUUGGCAUCGCGACUCUGGCCAGGGCAUCGAGGAUCCAUUUGGCAAUGUAAUAGCCAAGAACUUUGCGCUCUUCUAUGCAGAAGUGGCCAAGCCGGAAAAGCUGGCGCGUGAAUUUAAGGAAAUCACGGUUGUGGCCUUGGAGCUGAGCUACUCAGCCUCAGAGUUGGGCAGCAAUAAGAAUCGCUAUGCAGAUAUCUAUCCCUACGAUAAGAAUCGCGUUAUACUGGACAUAGAUACUGAAGGAUCGGACUACAUUAAUGCUUCCUUUAUUGAUGGUCACACACGAAAGAAGGAGUAUAUAGCUACGCAGGGACCAAAGCCAGAGAGCGUCAUGGACUUCUGGCGCAUGAUCCUGCAGCACAAUGUGCGCGUCAUUGUGCAGGUGACACAAUUCCGCGAAGGCAACACAAUCAAAUGCCAUGAGUAUUUUCCCUAUAAUAUGCGCGGUGUUAGUGUCACAAUCAAGGCUAAGGAAUGCUUUGAUAUUUACGAUCGCACAGAGCUCACGGUGGUACACGAGAAAUACGGCCUCAAGGAGAAGGUGGUACACUUCUUUUUCAAAAAGUGGCCCGAUCAUGGCUGCCCCGACGAUCCCAAUCACUUGAUCACCUUUGUCAAGAAGGUCAAGGCAGAAAAGCGUCCGAGCUACUCGCCCAUUGUGGUGCACUGCAGCGCAGGCGUUGGACGAACGGGCACCUUUAUAGGCCUCGACUUGAUAAUGCAGCGCCUGAAGAGCGAAUCGAAAAUUAAUAUUUUCGAAACAGUCAAAAAGUUGCGAUUUCAGCGCAUGAAAAUGGUGCAAACCUUGCAGCAGUAUACGUUCCUCUACAGCUGCACCUAUGAGCUCGUGAAGCACAAGAUUCCACGUGCAGCACUCAAGCUCGAGGUGCGGAACAAAACGGAUGGCGGUGUGCCACCGUUAGCUACACCCAAGAAGGUCAGUUUUCCCGACACGGAUCUGAGUCGUGUCGAGUCAGCCGUACUGGAUUCACCCGAUCCGGAUUCCGGAUCGACAGCUGUGCAAUUGCCGUCUCGUUUUAGCGGGCUGCGUCGAGCGAACGAUUUGGAUUCGUUGAAUGAGCAGCCAGAGCGAAACGGUCUUCAACGGGCCAACGGCAAGAGCAGCGAGUGCACUAUAUAAUUUUGUGAGCAUUUUGUGACAUCAUGCAUGAUACCAUGCGUGUGUAUUUAUUGUAUUAUACAAAUAUAAUUUAGCAGCAAUAACAGCCAAAGAGAAUUGUCUAACGCUAAAGCAUUGUACUGUGAAGUUUAAUAAAUAUAUAUGUAAAGAAAUAUAAUGGUGCUGGGCAUACAACAAA